CAUUUUGUUCCUUUAGUAAUACCAUAAUUCGCCAUGUAUCGUUUCCUGUUGACUCUUCUCUUUCUGCGAGAGGCAAUCGCCUCGUCCUGCGAUGCCGAACCCUUAGUUCUUCCCCUUCAAGACAUACAAGUGCUUCCGGAUAUUCCCAACUCUUUCAUGAAAGGAAUUCCAGCUAAAGUCGGAACACCACCUCAAAAUAUCGUUCUUCUACCUUGGGCUGACUUGAACAACACUUGGAUAUACACCGAACCAUUCUGCAAGGACUCAGGUAUCCCAAACGAUGAAUCUUGCCAAGUUCGAAGAGGUGGAUUAUUCAACGAAGAGGAAUCUACGAGUUUCACGGGAGCAAGCGAUAUCGUCAAAGCAGGCGGUGCACCAAACGAGACAUUCUUCAAAGGCGGCCAAUACGGAGUUCGCAACCUCGUUAAAAGCGCCAACGGCGCAGUUGACAAGAUUAACCUCCAAGGUUCAGCCGAACUCGACAACUUUCCCUUUGGAAUACCAACGAGUAAAUGGGACGAUACAUACAGUACUCUAAGUCCUCUUGGUUUAGGCAGAAACUCAACAUAUCUCAACGCCUUACGCAAAGCUGGAAAGAUUGGCUCGCGAGUAUGGUCGAUAUUCUGGGGACGUAUGUGGAUCAAAGUGCCUCUCCAUGGAUCUCUAAUUCUGGGUGGUUAUGAUGAGAAGAAAGUCACUGGUGCUAAUUAUACUGCACCGCUUGUGUAUGGAGAUUUUGAUGGGUCGGAUGGGUGUUGGACUGGUAUGAAGGUGACUUUGACUGAUAUACAGAUCAAUUAUCUCGGUGGAACAAACGUUAGCAUCAUUCCUAGGGGGACGACGUUACAGUGUUGUGUCGAUCCGGCGAGCCAUUUGCUACUGGAAGCUCCGACACCGUAUAUACGGAAUUUUGAGUCUAUUAGUGGUUUGAAGACGAAUUACUCGUCUAGUGGACUUCACUGGAAUGCCCUUCAAACAGGUCUCGAGAAGCAGUUCCUGGCAGAUCUCACCUUCCAUCUCGAAUCCGGUCUCAAAAUCCGCGUACCAAAUAACCAAUACAUGAUUCCCUCCGUCGACAUCGCCUCCAACGGCUCACGAAUCAGCGAUACCUCCAAACGCGAUAUUCUCAUAACAGACAUCGAAGAUGAACCACCUAUCCUCGGGCGAUAUUUCCUCACAGCAGCAUAUCUCAUGGUAAAUCAUGAUGCAGGGACUUUCACGCUCUGGCAGGCGAAUGCCACACGGGAAAGGAGCCUCAUUAGGGUCUUCGAUGAAGAGACGGGGAAGAAGUGUGAGAAUACUAGGGGUGUUAUACAGCCUUCUGCGUCUUACACGGGCUCUGCUUCUGAGAGUUCGAAGCCAGAUAGAGGGAUUGGUUCAAAUUCGAAUUCACUCUCUGGUGCGGUUAUCGGCGGCGCUGUUGUUGGCGCUGUCGCUGGAGCGGUGUUGAUAGGAUUGGGAGUCGCUUACUUUUUGAUCAAGAAGAAACGGCAAGCCAAUACAUACUACUUUUACCCUGCGCACGAGGAGUUGCAAAGAGUGGAUAUAUACGAGAUGGAUGGAAAUCCAAGAGUCGACGACGAAUCCUACAUGAAAGCUGGAAUACGGUAGUAAUGGGCAGAGACUGUAUGAAAUAGAUGAG